GGUCAAAGUCACACGAAAGCUUGAAGGACAGACAUGAUGUAUAAAAACCUGCCUCAGAGUCAUCUCUUCAGUGCUUCACGCUACCCUGAGGGAACAUGGAUCAUCGUUUUGUCUCAGCUGUUCUGGUGCUUCUUCUAGGCCUCACACAGCCCUCUCUGCAGGGGGAAGAUGUGGUGGCGGACGUCUCUACAAUGAUUAUUGAGGCAAACAAAGGGAUGAGCCAUAUGUUGCUGGAAGGAGAUGUAGCAAUGCCAACAACUAGAAAUGCUAUGAAAUGCUUAAGCCAACAAUGCAAAUGGCCUAAAUCUGCAUCUGGACUGGUUGAGGUGCCAUACAAGAUCAGCACUGUUUUUCAGAGUCAUCAAGUAAACACCAUAAAAACAGCCAUGAAUGGGUUUGCAACUCAAACCUGUAUUCGCUUCGUCCCAUAUGCUGGCCAGACGAACCACCUUGAUAUUCAGAGUAAUGGCGGAUGCUGGUCCUUAUUGGGGAGGCAGCGAGGGGGGCAGCAGGUGUCCCUGGAUACCAGCGGCUGCAUGAGUAACGGUGUGAUUCAGCAUGAGCUUCUCCAUGCUCUGGGUUUCUACCAUGAGCACACCCGCAGCGACAGGGACCAGUACAUCAGGGUCAACUUUGAGAACGUAAGGCCAGAUAAUACUAAGGAUUUCAUGAAGCAAGAUACUAAUAACCUGAAUACUCCGUAUGACUACUCCUCAGUCAUGCACUAUGGAAAAUACGCCUUCUCUCGAGGAGGGGAGACUAUCACCCCCAUCCCUGAUCCCUCUGCGACCAUCGGCCAGAGGGUGGGGAUGGCCAAGGUUGACAUCGAAAGGGUUAACAAACUCUAUGAAUGCUAAGUGUGAAGAAAGAUGACAAGAGCCUAGAAAGUGUCUCUCAAAGGAGUCAUCAGUCAAAGAAAAUUGUAUAAGUGAAGGUCCGU